CAGCGCGACGAAAUACUUUUUACACGACAUCGCGAUACCUGUGGAUGGUUGACAGCCGACAAACGCUACAAAAAUUGGGCACGGAACGACGGAAAGACGGUACUUUGGAUACGCGGAGAUCCAGGAUGCGGGAAAAGUGUUCUGGCUGCAUUUCUAUCGGCACACCUUGCUAUUGAAAACGCAGCCGAAACUUUCGGAAAGCAGUAUGUAGUCGCCUAUUUCUUCUGUAACGAUAAGGAUGAACGCCUGAGGACGCCACAUGCCAUACUGGCGAGUCUCCUUGCGCAAAUAUUGUGGCAAGAGCAGGAUUCAUUCGUACACUUUUCAACGGAAUCACAGUAUGUGAUGCACAGGGGCUUGACGGUGUGGGAUUUUCCCAUGCUUCUGAGAGUGCUUGGACGUAUCUUGAAGGACGACCAUAUCCGUCCUUUAUGCCUGUUGAUCGAUGCCCUCGGUAUGUAG